AUAUCUGAAACUGUAUUUGAUGGGAUGGGAAACUUAAAAUUGGAUUGAAACUUGAAAGUUUUAAAAAAUUCAUCAUUAUCUGGAUGAACGAACUGGGCCAUGGAUUUGGAUUAACAAGCCCAACCAAACAUGAACAAAACAACAUACCACCAAUGUCUUUCAUUGCUUACUCAAGUCACAAUCACAUGUUCAUUUGAGUUCUGUUUCUGUCACUGAUUUUCGCUUCUUCUCAAUUCCACCUCAAUCAUUCAAUGCUGCAAAAGCUCACCGUCCAUGGCCUCCCUCUUUCUUUCUUCAACCUUUCUUCCUUUCCCUCCUUCUCAUAAAAUCUUCUUAUCCCUUCACCACAACCACCACCGCCUCAGUUUUAACAACUUUCAACAAUACCCACUUCGGAAACACUUUACAUACCGCCUUUAUGCUUCUUCACUCAACAAAACAUCCAGGUCCCGUAGAAAGGUGAAGAGCAAUGAAGAAUUGCGAAAUGAUUUAAGGGAGUUCUUGUCUAGGGUUGGACUUCCCAACGAUCAUGUGCCCACCAUGAAGGAGCUUUCAGAGCAUGGAAGAAAUGACCUUGCGAAUAUUGUGAGACGGAGAGGCUAUAAAUUUGUUAGGGAGCUUCUUGCGAACUCAACAAAAAUAGAUUGUGAUGGUCUUAUUGCAGAGAAGGGCUUACCAGGUCAGAAUGAAAAGGUGGGCAAUGAGGCUGAAGAUUUUUUAUUGUUGGUUGAAGAACCUAGUCUAAGAAACUAUUUUGGAAGCACAAAUACAGAGUCAAAUCUCAACUCUGAUGAUAAUAUUGGGUUGCCAAUUGAAUCUUCAGCCGAUUCAUCAUUAGAGGAAAAUCAUUCAUAUGCAUAUAAUGGUCAGAAUGAUACAGAGUCCAAUAGGUCUGUCAUGAAUAACCUUUCCGGUGGGUCCUUUAGUAAUACAGAUCUCAUAUCUGAUGAAAUUGGUUUGCUACCUUUAGAAUCCUCAUCCAGUUUAGGCUUGGAGGAGAAAGCCUCAACCUCAUACAAUAUAGAAGGUCAGCAUGAAAAGAAGAAUAUCGCUGAAAAUAUCUCAUCAUCAAAUGAUGUCUCCACCAUGGAAACUUAUUUCAGUAGUUCAAAUGUUGAACCAUCUCCUAACUUUGUUGAACAUCAUUACACGUCCCCAGAAGCUUCAACCACUAUAACCUUGGAGGGAGAGGUUUCCUCAUCAAAUGAUGUCUGCAUCGUGGAAAGUUAUUCCAGUAGUUCAAACGUUGAACCAUCUCCCAAUUUUGUUGAACAUCAUUACAUGUCCCCAGAAGCUUCAGCCACUAUAACCAUGGAGGAAGAGGUUUCCUCAUCAAAUGAUGUCUCCAUUGUGGAAAGUUAUUCCAGUAGUUCAAACAUUGAACCAUCUCCCAACUUUGUUGAAAAUCAUUACACUUCCCCAGAAGCUUCAGCCACUGUAACCUUGGAGGAAAAGGUUUCAUCAUCAAAUGAUGUCUCCAUCUUGGAAAGUUAUCCCAGUAGUUCAAACGUUGAACUAUCUCCUAACUUUGUUGAAUAUCAUUACACAUCCCCAGAAGCUUCAGAAUCAAAUGAUGUCUCCAUCGUGGAAAGUUAUCCCGGUAGUUCAAACAUUAAACCAUUUCCCAACCUUGUUGAGCAUCAUUACACGUCCUCAGAAGCUUCAACAUCAAAUGAUGACUCCAUCAUUGAUAGUUAUCCUAGUAGUUCAAACAUUAAACCAUUUCCCAACUUUGUUGAACAUCAUUACACAUCUGCACAAGCCUCAGCCUCCAUAACCUUGGAGGAAAAGGUUUCGUCAUCAAAUGAUGUCUUCAUUGUGGAAAGUUAUCCCAGUAGUUCAAAUGUUGAAUCAUCUUCCAACUUUGUUGAACAUCAUUACACAGCCCCAGAAGCUUCAGCCCCUCUAACCUUGGAGGAAAAGGUUGCAAACUUUAUUCAGAAUGGAGAUUUGGAUAUGAUAGAUGAUGAUGUGUAUGACAUUUUAGAUGAAAGUGAUGCUAAAGAAAGUAAGGAAGUCACUGAAGGAGGGAACAAAUCUGGGAUACCUGGUCCAGAUCUGCUAGAACGUGUUUAUAAUCACAGAGCAGAUGGUGCUGUGACAUUGAAUGGGAGUGCAUUGACAUCCAACAAACUUGCUUCUUUUGCGACUGUAAAUCACCCUCUCAGGGAUGAUGGUUUGGUGGCUGAAGGACUACUUAAUGUUGAUUUUGACAAGGAUUUGGAUAUUGAGACUAGCAGAAUUGAGAAUCAACUCGAGAUUAAUAAUCUAAAAUCUAUGCUGCAACAAAUGGAGUUGGAAUUGUCCCGAUUGAAGGACCAGAUUGAGAAGGAGCAACGUGCUUUAUGUGUUUUGCAAACCAAAGCUGAAACAGAAAUCUCUAAAGCUCAAAAACUUAUCUCUGAAAAAGAUGCUGAAUUGAAUGCUGUUGAAGAAAGCCUCUCAGGAUUAGAGGAGGUUGAGAUCCAAUACUCUGGAGAUGGUGAAAUUGUCGAGGUGGCUGGCAGCUUUAACGGUUGGCAUCAUCGAAUCAAAAUGGAUCCUAAGCCAUCUUCUAGCAUCAUAGAAACCAUUGGAUCAAGGAAAUCCAGAACUUGGUCAACCGUGCUGUGGCUUUAUCCUGGGAUGUAUGAGAUCAAGUUUAUUGUUGAUGGUGAAUGGAAGAAUGAUCCCAAGAGAGAGUCAGUUACCCGGGGUGGCAUAUUGAAUAACAUUCUCCGAGUUGACAGAUGACACGAUUUUGGAUGGGAGGAGUUUUUGAUAUGAUUCCUAUCUCCUAGUGUACAGAGAACAACAAUGGAUCAGUUUAAUGCCCUGUGCCGUUGAAUGGGAAAUCCUUCAGCUUGAUCUCCACAUGGUAAAAAUGGGGCUGGCACAUGCUGAUUAUGUAGAUUUUGGAUCGAUGCCUGCUAUUUUGUACAAAACAGAAAAGGGGAUUUAGCUUAUUGUACAAAAUGUAUGAAUAUAUGUAUUUUUAAUUUUA